AUGGAAACCCCUUUGCAGUUGCAGAACGAUUUCCUUCAAGAGCAGCAGUUCCAGCAUCGCUGUAAGUACCAGCACUACUGCGGACGAGAGGAACGGCUCACGAAGGAGCGCAACCAAUGCUGCACCUGUAAUAACUGUACAUGUGAUGCAAGAAAAAGCCUAGUUUUUCGCGGGACGUCGCCGAACACUCAAGGAACUUUAAGGACGCCAUCCGUAACCUAUUCGAGGCAAGGUUCUCAGUUUAGCGUCUGUGAGUUCACGCCCUCCAGUCAUGGUAGUUCAUCCAGACAUCAUUACCAUCAGCAGUGCCACAAUCGGCAGUGGGGCAGCCCGAGCAGCAGCCACAGAGACAGUAACUCGUAUAACGAAAUAGCCAUGAGUAGCUGCAGAUACAACGGCGGCGUUAUGCGACCGCUGAGCAACUUGAGCUCGUCCCGCAGAAACCUACACGAGUUUGAUUCCGAAUCCCAGCCUUUACAACCAAUCUCUACCGCAGAUGCGUCGGACACCCUAGCCUCUAAACCGGAGAACAAUUCCACCACCCUAAUGCCUUACGCAUCGGGAGACGGAGGGGGUGGAUGUAACAACAGUGGCAGCAAAUCGGGUAAAAAGAAGAACCAGAACAUUGGGCAAAAGCUUGGACAUAGAAGGGCCUUGUUUGAGAAAAGGAAGCGUCUCAGCGACUAUGCUUUGAUCUUUGGGAUGUUUGGGAUCGUAGUUAUGGUUAUAGAGACUGAACUCUCAUGGGGAGCCUAUGGAAAGGAGUCAUUGUAUUCAUUAGCUCUAAAAUGCCUGAUAAGCCUUUCUACAAUCAUUCUUCUUGGUCUGAUUAUCAUAUACCACGCAAGGGAGAUUCAGUUAUUCAUGGUAGACAAUGCAGCAGAUGACUGGAGGAUAGCCAUGACCUACGAGCGCAUCUUCUUCAUCUGCCUGGAGAUCCUGGUGUGCGCCAUCCACCCCAUCCCAGGGAACUACACCUUCACCUGGACAGCACGUCUGGCCUUCUCCUACACCCCGUCCAAGACGGACGCGGACGUGGACAUCAUCCUGUCCAUCCCCAUGUUCUUGCGGCUGUAUCUCAUCGCCCGCGUCAUGCUGCUCCACAGCAAGCUCUUCACAGACGCCUCGUCCCGCAGUAUCGGGGCGCUCAACAAAAUCAACUUCAACACACGCUUCGUCAUGAAGACCCUGAUGACCAUCUGCCCUGGCACCGUGUUGCUGGUCUUUACCAUCUCGUUGUGGAUCAUCGCUGCGUGGACCGUGAGGGCCUGCGAGAGAUACCAUGACAACAUGGACAUAACCAGCAACUUCCUAGGAGCCAUGUGGUUGAUAUCAAUCACUUUUCUAACCAUUGGAUAUGGGGACAUGGUCCCCAACACUUACUGUGGAAAAGGAGUCUGUCUCCUCACUGGUAUUAUGGGAGCUGGCUGCACAGCCUUGGUAGUGGCUGUGGUUGCAAAGAAACUGGAGUUAACCAAAGCUGAAAAACAUGUUCAUAAUUUUAUGAUGGACACCCAGCUGACAAAAAGAGUGAAAAACACAGCUGCAAAUGUACUCAGGGAGACGUGGCUCAUCUACAAGAACACCAAACUGGUGAGGAAGAUGGACCAUGCCAGAGUCAGGAAGCACCAGAGGAAAUUCCUCCAAGCCAUUCAUCAAGCUCGAAAAUUGAGAAGUGUUAAAAUGGAGCAACGCAAGCUGAAUGACCAAGCAAACUCACUAGUGGACCUUGCAAAGACUCAGAACAUCAUGUAUGACCUGAUCUCAGACCUGAACGAGAGAGGGGAGGACAUGGAGAAGAGGAUCGCCAUGCUGGAGACCAAGCUGGAGACUCUGCUGGGGAACCUGCAGGCCUUGCCCGGACUUAUCAGCCAGGUCAUCAGCCAGCAGCACAGGGACUUCCUGGAGGUGCAGCUCCAGCCAUACGACAAACACAGCCCUGAGCGCUCACAGUCUGUCUCCAGACGGAGGUCGUCCUCCACGGCACCACCCACCUCCUCCGAGAGCAGCUAG